UCAUGACUGACAUUGCUUAUCCGAAGCAAGGGGCGCGAAGCCAAUUCGCGGCAGCGGGGUAUAUGGUCUUUGCAGACUGGAAGCAAGACUGGUUGGACUUCCGCUCGUGUGUGCAUGAUGUUCUCGUACCUCGCUCACCGUCGCGCUUGCUAUGCGAAGCAACAAGAGCGCCGCGACCGCAUUUACAGUUUGUCGCCCGUGUACGGCACACCUCUGUCGGCCGCCGAUAAAGACAUCCUCUCGAAGCCCAUCGCUGGAAUUGUCUCGGGCGUCCAGAGUGGUUCCCUGCAGCCCAGCGAUAUUCUCCUCGCCUAUGGCAAGGCCGCGCUGAAGGCGCAUGCCGCGACCAACUGUUUGACCGAGGUUCUUCUCCCCGAGGCCGAGGAAUGGGCGAAGAACUGCAAUACCAAGGGCCCCUUAGCGGGCAUGCCGGUCAGUCUGAAGGACGAAAACUCCGUCGCGGGCUUCGACGCCUCCGUGGGGUACUCCGCGUGGGUCGGCAAGAAGAUGCAGAGAGAUUCCGCGCUCGUGAAGGUGCUCCGCGCGGCGGGCGCGGUGCCCUAUGUGAAGACGAACGUGCCGAUCACGAUGCUGUCGUUCGAAUGUGCGAACGAGGUGUUUGGGACGACGACGAACCCGCAUGGGAAGGACUUCGCGCCCGGUGGGUCGUCGGGCGGCGAGGCGGCGCUGCUUGCCUUUGGGGGCUCGAGGGUAGGCGUGGGCUCGGAUGUUGCGGGUUCAGUUCGUAUCCCGUCACAUUACUCGGGGACGUACACGAUCAAAGCGUCAUCGUACCGGUUCCUCAAAACAGGCAACGCGCACACGAGUAUCCCCGGGGAGGAGGGCGUGCCCGUCUCGUUCUCUCCGAUGACGCGAACGCUCGAGGACCUCGAGACUUUCUGGAAGGCAAUCAUGAGCAUGAAGCCAUGGGACUACGACCACGCAGUGCUUCCCAUUCCCUGGCGCAAGAUCGACCUCUCCAGUCAGAAGGGCAUCCGGUGGGGUGUUAUGUGGGAUGAUGGUGUUGCUGCCCCUUCGCCCGCUUGCCAUCGUGCAUUACAUACUGUCGCCAAGGCGUUGGAAGCCCAUGGUCAUCAAGUGAUCCCCGUCUCUCCGCCUAGCCCGUAUGAAGGUCUGAAGAUCGCGGCCCAAUUGCUCAUGGCGGACGGUUGCAAACUAUGCAUUGAGCCUAUUCGCACCGGCGAGUUCAACGACCCCGGCGUACGCGAGGCUCUAGGGAUGUUCCGCGCUCCACGCAUAAUCAAGAAGCUAUACGCCUGGUACCUCCGCUACAUCAAGCGCGACCCACUCUAUGCGGGCCUGGUCGAGGCCUGGUCCGAAAAGACGGUGCCCGAAUACUUGGCGCUCGUCUCCCAGCGCGAGGCGUACAGGGAGCGCUGGUUCGAGUUCAUGAAUGAACAAGGGUUGGAUUUCAUUUUGACGGUACCAAACUCGCUGCCCGCGGUACCGCACGGAGGCAUGAAAGAAGGAUGGAAAGCAUGUGGAUAUACAUUCCUGUGGAACCUGCUGGACUACACUGGAGGAAUCUUGCCUGUCACCCACGUGGACCGCGCACGCGAUGCUUUAGGCGCAUCCAAGGCCAGGAACGCAAUCGAGGCUGGUCAAAAUCGUAUGUAUGACGCAGACAGAAUGCACGGCCUGCCCGUCGGUGUUCAGGUCGUUGGGAGGAGGCUGCAGGAAGAGAAGGUCCUCGAAGCGAUGAAGAUUAUUCAUAAGCUACUGAGCGAGGAAGGAAAGCCGUAUAUCCCACUCAGCAUCCCUGAAUAGACUACGAGUAUGUCGCUACUGGUGUACAGCUACUGAUAUUUCCCUCAUACCGCGUCCACGAUAUACUGAGCUGUUGGUACGAACCGCAGCAUUGUGCUGAUCUUGUCGUAGUCUGGGUGGAUCUGAAAUGUUUCGUGGAUCCCUUGGGUUGUCGAUUAGGCGGUAUGGCUAAGUAUGGUAAUAAUAUAUGAUCAUGUUCUGCAGCGC